AUGGCCGCAUCUAUUCUGGAGGAAGACGCACGCUAUGGCUCCAGUCCUCUGGCUAUGUUAACUGCUACCUGUAACAAGUUUGGCAGCACAAGCCCCGUCAGGGAUUCAGCGACACCCGGUAAGCCCGGCAGCACGACUCCAGUAAAGAAGCCCUACAACAUGACCUCUGAUCUGCAGACAGCGAAGAACGGACGCACCGCAGACGGCAGCGGCCUGGCGGACUCCUACACUGGCUCCUUCACCACAGCUGGAGGAGGAGGCGGCGGGCUGCUUACCCCAACUGGAAGCCCCCCUCCUUCAGCCGGAGGCUACACUACAGAGUAUAACCCUUUCUCCCACUCCUUCCAGACCUCAGUCUCCCAGGAUCCGUCUCUUUUAGUGUCCAAGGCCCAUGCUACGGCCGACUGCCUCACCAGCGUCUACACUUCGCUGGAUAUGACGCAUCCUUACGGGUCCUGGUACAAAGCCGGGAUCCAUCCUGGUAUCACAGCUGCUCCUGCUAAUGCCACGUCCUCCUGGUGGGAUGUCCACCCAAACUCUAACUGGCUCUCUGCGACCCAAUCCCAGACGGAUGGAGGUCUCCAGGCCUCCCUGCAGCCUGUAGCACCCCAGGCCUCCCUCAGUCCACAGCUGCCCAGUUAUAGCACCGACUUUACACCACUAAACCCAGCUCCGUACCCCUCAGUAGGGCUGGGAUCCUCCUCACACCUCCUCCAGCCCUCACAGCACAUGCUGCCCCAGGACAUGUACAAGCCCAAGCCUGUGCCAAGCACAGGGCUGAUCGAGAGUCCCAUGGGCCUGAAGCCUGCGAGGGGAUCAGGGGGGUACAGCGGAGGAGGUGCACCCACUAGAUCCUCAUGUGACUGCCCAAACUGCCAGGAGCUGGAGCGGCUGGGUGCCUCGGCCGCCUCCCUGAGGAAGAAGCCGGUCCACAGCUGCCACAUCCCGGGCUGUGGAAAGGUCUACAACAAGGCCUCUCACCUCAAAGCCCACCUGCGCUGGCACACCGGAGAGCGGCCCUUUGUUUGCAACUGGCUCUUCUGUGGGAAACGUUUCACCCGGUCUGAUGAACUGGAGAGGCACGUUCGCACCCACACAAGGGAGAAGAAGUUCACCUGUCUACUGUGCAACAAGCGUUUCACACGUAGUGACCACCUGUCCAAGCACCAGAAGACCCACGCAGAUUCUGCCAUGCAGGGGAAAGCUGUAGCUGUGGAGGGGGACACAGACCCUCGCAGCGAAGAGACCGCAGAGCUCAACACCGGCGCUGUCCAAACCAACCCUGUCGCUGACCAAAUCACCAAUGGAGACGAGAAGACUGGCACGCCCAACGGAGUGGAGAACAGCAGCGGACUGUUGGAGAUCUGA